UGAGCAGCGGGAGGCGGCCGGGCCCGCGGCUUGAGGGGAGGCGGGGAUGGCGGGAGGGGACGCGGAGCCCCGGUGCUGCUGGGUGCGGGCCUCGCGGGCCGCCGUCCUGCCCACACCCAAUAUGGCGGCCGGGCAGCCUCAGCCGGCGCCCUGCUCCACUUCCGGUCCGCUCCCGUCCCACUUCCGGUCUACGCCCUGCCCCGCUUCCGGCGGCGGCGGCCCGGGGCGAUGCGGGGGGCGGGCGGGACGCGGGACCCGGCCGGGCUGGGCCUGGGCGCCUCCAGGUUGGGGGCCGCCCCCGCCGCCUGUCCCUGGGGCUGUGUGCUCGGCCCCGGCGGCUGGAGCGGCGCGCCCUUCUGCCCCCGGCACUGCCUGCCCGGCGCCGCCGAGGCCGAGCGUAGCCAGCGGCAGGCCGCCUCGAUGGGGGAAGCGUCCGGGGCCCGGGCCGUCUUCGGCCGCGGCCCGGGCUUCUGGUACUACCCCAGCCGGCUGGAGGAGUCCAGCGGGGAGGAUGAUGAGGACGAAGAGCAAGAGGAGUGGAUUGACUUCAGCCAGCACUGGGACGUUUCCAGCGAGGACAGCGACCCCCCCCUACAACUUCUGCGGGUUCAAGAGCCCCCUCUUGUACGAGGGGGCUCUGCCCACUCACCCCCCGCCAAGCGCUCUCCAGGUGAAGAUGCACAGGCUGCCCGCGCCCUGGAGGCACCAGCUUACAGCCGAGGAAGCGGAGAGGAAUGCGCGGGAGCUGGUGGCGGAGGAGGAACGGAUGAAGAGGAAGGCAGAGAAAAAGAAGCUGAAGAAGAAGAAGCAGAAAGACCGGAAGAAACGAGAGAAAUUGGGACAAGAGCUGAAAAGUAAGAAGGAAGCCGAGUUGAGCACCUCAUCCCUGAGCAGCGCUGCAGGUGCUGAGCACCCGCAAAACAGCAAUGCUGAGGAGCAGGAGGGCUGGCCGGACCCCAGCCGCUCCCCGUGCCUCGGGGGCAGCGCAGCCUCCUCAGGAGAGGAGAGAGGAGGCCAGGAGGCCAAGGCCGAGGAGAUGGAGGAUGAGCUGGACUUGAGCUGCACCUUCGUCUUCAAAGCCCGGCAGAAAGCAGGCGUGAGGCUGCCGGCACCUGGGAAAGAGAAGCCAGCCAAGACGGACAAUGCGGAGCCGGGCAGGAGAGCACCAGGGAAGGAACCCAAAGCCUCGCUGCCCUGCCUGCCCACCCCACAGGAACCCAAGGCCUCGCUGCCCUGCCUGCCCGCCCCGCAGGCACCCGAGCCCGAGACUGUGCCCUUGGACACAAACGUGGUGGAGCAGAGCCUGAUUAUCGCGGGCCGUGGCAACGAGGCUGCCCAGAAGGGCCGCUACGCUGAGGCCGUGCAGGCCUUCACGGAGGCUGUGAAGCUGAACCCCAGGGAGCACCGGCUCUUCGGGAACCGCUCCUACUGCUACGAGAAGCUUCAGCGUUACGAGGAGGCGCUCAGGGACGCGCAGGUGUCACUGGGGCUCCAGCCCGGCUGGCCCAAAGGCUUCUUCCGCAAGGGCAAGGCACUGCGGGGGCUGAAGCGCUACGCCGAGGCCGUCAGCACGUUCGAGGAGCUGCUGCGCCUGGACGGCGCCAACGCUGAUGCGGCCGCCCAGCUGGAGGCCUGCCGGGCCCUGCUGCGGCAGAACAGCUCCCGCGGCCGGCGCAGCCCGGGGGGGAUCCCCCUGUCCCCGUCCCUGCUGGAGGCUGGGGAGCCACCACUGCCUCCUUCAGGGGAGUGGGCAAGCGGGAGCUGCUGGGACACGGGUGGCUUCGUGACCGUCGGGAGCUCCAGGAGCCAGGCGAGAGGCCAGAGCCGGGCUGUGGCCAGCAGCCAGCAGACGCUGCCUCCGACCCAUCCUGCCAGGGACUGCUAUCCCCUCUGGGUGGGGAACAUCACUGCCAAGAUCAGCGAGAAGGUGCUGCACAGCUCCUUCAGCCGGUUUGGGCAGAUUCGCUUCAUCCGGAUGCUGCCGGAGCGACGCUGCGCCUUCAUCAACUACACGCGGAAGAAGGCGGCGGAAGCAGCCUAUGUCGCCAUGCAGGAUGCCGAGGUGGAGGGAAGCAGGCUGGCGCUGCAGCUCAAGCACCCCUCCCACGCCACCCCCGUCCCCCCGGCAGCACCUAGAGCCCCGUGGCAAGGUGGGUGCCCCCCUCGGGGGGCUCCUGUAGCCGGGGGGUCUCCUCGGCUUAAUGGCAGUGGAGCCAGACCCUGCCUGGGGCUGCCUGCUCUGCCUGCCCCCGCCCCGGGGGGGGCCCGGGACCUGAGCUGCCCAGCCCGGGAGGAGCCGGGGCACCCGCUGUGGGGUGCCUUCUGCUGGGCAGGGGGGCUGGCAGCGGGUUACCCCCGCUCCCCCCGGCACCGGGGCUGAGCCGGGGCCUGCCUUCGCCCUGCCUGUGCCUUUUCCCUCUGCCGGCAGCGGGACGGGGCUGUGCCCGGGGACGGCCGUUCCCUGCGGCUCCUUCAGGGAUUUGUACCCGGUUUGGGGUUCUUAAUAAAACUGAAAGCCA